CGUUUUUCGCCUUCGACAAAUCGGCAUAUUCAGUUCGCUCUCGAACUGUGUUGGGAUUUGAGUUGUGUGUCAGCAAAUUCGCUCUAAAAAUGCCUCCCAAGUUGAAAUUUGGUGAAGGUGAACGUAUUCUGUGUUACCACGGUCCUCUGAUCUACGAAGCAAAGUGUAUGAAAGGACAGAUGAAGGACAAAGUCACAAGAUAUCUCAUUCAUUACAACGGCUGGAACAAAAACUGGGACGAAUGGGUUCCGGAAAACAGGGUGCUUAAAUUCAACGAGGCUAAUCUACAGAAACAGAGAGAGCUUAGAGAACAAAACUUGAAAAGCAAGAAAUCAAGAAAGCGUACUGAUAAAGCAGUAGGGGAAAAUGACAAACCGUUAAAACGGGAACCAGUGGUGGAGACUCCUGGUCCGGUUAGGAAAAAGAGAUCCAGAAUAGCUAAUCCUAUAGAAAGUGAUGAGAACUUCACAUCACGUGUUGAUGUCAAAAUAACUAUUCCAGAUGAUCUCAAACAUUGGCUCAUAGAUGAUUGGGAUCUUGUCACACGCCAAAAACAACUUGUUCCUGUUCCGAGGAAAAAGAAUGUAAAAGAGAUUCUGGACGAGUAUAUAAAAUCACGAACUGCUAAUCCUGAUGAUGGGUUGAAACCUGGAGUUGUCCAAGAAGUAGCAAAUGGUAUUCAAGAAUAUUUUAAUGUUAUGUUAGGAACACAGUUACUUUACAAGUUUGAAAGGACUCAGUACGGCGACGUGCUAUCUGAACACACAAACCUUCCUAUGUCUCAUUUAUAUGGAGCAGAACAUUUGCUGAGACUUUUUGUAAAACUAGGCAAUGCUCUGUCAUUCUCAAGUUUGGACGAGAAGAGUGUGCAAUUUGUGGUGACGCACAUUCAAGACUUUUUAGAUUAUCUGUCUAAGAAUGCAGAUAGCUUGUUUACAACUGACUACGAGACUGCAACACCAGAGUAUCAUCGCAGAGCAGCCACAUGAUGUUUUUAAAAAUAGUGUCUCUUCUUUUUCCUAGUUUGAAUAUUAAAGUGUGCAACUUUUUUGCAUUUGUGAAGUUUGCAACAGUAAGAUGGUGAUUUUUUGUGGAUGGGUGAUUGUACAUGGUGUGAAAAUGUGAAUGUUUUAUUUGAUUUUUUUUCAAGUUUAAGGCUUUCAAUAACUAUGUCAAUAAUCCCAAGUACUUGGUUAAUAUUCCAGUUAUUUGCAAGCGAGAAAUUAUUCUGAAAGCAGUUUGUGUUAUUGUGCGUAAAUUUGUGAAACAUCAGUUCAUUGCAUAUAUUGUACAUUUACAAUGCUGUUGACAUGUUAAAUUUAGUAACAAGACACACCUUGGUUCUUUGUGGUUCCUGUCUUGUCUUGGGUUUUUUUCAGUUGUGGGUGUGAUUAUUUAAAAUUAUUGUGCUAUAGGUUAGUUCACCCAUGUAAAGAUAAUGCAGUUUUUGUGAGAAAUUGCCUUGAGUGUCUUCUGUAGACCUGCUGGAAAAUAAAAAGCUGUCUUGUUUUCCA